CGGACCCAUUCGGAUUCUUCUCAGUUGCAAGCAGCAGACCGGGGCUGUGAAAACCAGGCCGGAGAGAAGCCGCUGCCCCAAAGACGCUGGGCCGUCUAGGCCGGUGCAGGCCUAAGCCGAUCCCCCUGCUGGAGCGCGGCGCCCUCACCUGGGCACUCUCCCGGCUCGCUCACCGGAGGCCAGACCCGCCCGGCGAGCCGCGGGGCCCUCUGGGAAGUGCUACCCAGCUUCUAACGGACCCAGAGUUCUUCCUCUGCUGAAAAUCCUUUUAGAAACUGAAAAUUGAUUGAAUGUUGGACACCUAUCAGUCACAGUUUUUGGUGCUUGGGAGAGAGCUGUGAAGAGAAGAACCAGCCCCUCAGCUACCAUGACACCCACACCACCGCAGACCAGAUAAUAAACAAACUCAGCCUGCUGAGGCCGCCCCUCCCAAAAAGAAGAGGAAAUGACGGAGUCCAAGGGAACAGUGACAUUCAAAGAUGUGGCUAUAGAUUUCACCGCAGAAGAAUGGGAGCGAUUGGACCCUACUCAGAGGAGCCUGUACCGGAGCGUGAUGCUAGAGAAUUACAGCAACCUAGUCACAGUGGGCUCUCCACUCACCAAACCUGAGGUGAUUUUCAAGUUGGAACAAGAGGAAGAACCAUGUGUGGUGGAGAAAGAAGUAUUAAAGAGAUACUGUCCAGGAGAAAUUUGGGAAGUUGAUGAGCACGAGAAAACCCAGAACAAACUCUUGAGACAAGUUUUCAAGGAAACAGUGACUGAUGAAGCCAGUGAAUGUCCUAAGAAAUUUGCAAAUACAUUUCCUCCAAAUGCAGAUUCCCUUCCUUCCAGACACAAUCUCUGUGAACAAGACUGCUUUGGAAAGUGUUUAGAACACAAUCUUGAUGAUCAUAAUAAUGCAAAAUGCCCAAUAACAGAGGAACAUUUUGAGUAUGAUGAUGCUAUGAAAUCAUUUAAUAAUAGCUCACCCUAUUUUGUAGUGACCCCCUUUAAGUGUAACCAUUGUGGAAAAGGUUUUAGUCAAACCUUGGACCUUAUUAGACACUUGAGAAUUCAUACUGGUGGGAAACUCUAUGAAUGCCACCAGUGUGGAAAAGGAUUUAGCCUCAAGGAAAAACUUAUUAAUCAUCAUAAACUUCAUAGUAGAGAACAGUGUUAUGAGUGUAAUGAAUGUGGGAAAACUUUCAUUAAAAUGUCAAAUCUCAUUAGACAUCAAAGAAUUCAUACUGGAGAGAAACCGUAUACAUGCAAGGAAUGUGGGAAAUCCUUCAGCCAGAAAUCUAAUCUCAUUGAUCAUGAAAAAAUUCAUACUGGUGAUAAACCCUAUGAAUGCAAUGAAUGUGAGAAAUCCUUCAGCCAGAAACAAAGCCUCAUUGCACAUCAAAAAGUUCACACCGGGGAGAAACCGUAUGCAUGCAAUGAAUGUGGAAAAGCCUUCCCUCGAAUUGCUUCCCUUGCUCUUCAUAUGAGAAGUCACACAGGAGAAAAACCUUACAAAUGUGAUAAAUGUGGAAAAGCCUUUUCUCAGUUCUCCAUGCUUAUUAUACACGUGAGAAUCCAUACAGGUGAGAAGCCCUACGAAUGCAGUGAGUGUGGAAAAGCCUUCUCCCAAAGCUCAGCACUCACUGUGCAUAUUAGAAGUCACACGGGUGAAAAACCCUAUGAGUGUAAGGAAUGUAGAAAAUCCUUCAGCCAUAAGAAAAACUUCAGUACACACCAGAAAAUCCACACUCGAGAGAAACCUUAUGGAUGUAGUGAAUGUGGGAAAGCUUUCAUUCAGAUGUCAAAUCUUGUUAGGCACCAGAGAAUUCAUACCGGAGAAAAACCCUAUAUAUGUAAGGAAUGUGGCAAAGCUUUUAGCCAGAAAUCAAAUCUCAUUGCUCAUGAAAAAAUUCAUUCUGGCGAGAAACCCUAUGAAUGUAAUGAGUGUGGGAAAGCCUUCAGCCAGAAACAAAACUUUAUUACACAUCAGAAAGUUCACACUGGAGAGAAACCUUAUGAUUGUAAUAAAUGUGGCAAAGCCUUUUCUCAGAUUGCAUCCCUUACUCUUCAUUUGAGAAGUCACACAGGAGAAAAGCCUUAUGAAUGUGAUAAGUGUGGGAAAGCCUUCUCUCAGUGCUCAUUACUUAAUUUACAUAUGAGGAGUCACACGGGUGAGAAGCCUUAUGUAUGUAAUGAAUGUGGGAAGGCCUUCUCUCAAAGAACUUCCCUUAUUGUGCAUAUGAGAGGCCAUACUGGUGAGAAACCCUAUGAAUGUAACAAGUGUGGAAAAGCCUUCUCCCAGAGCUCAUCCCUUACCAUCCACAUACGAGGUCACACGGGCGAGAAGCCCUUCGACUGCAGCAAAUGUGGAAAAGCCUUCUCUCAGAUCUCGUCUCUGACUCUACAUAUGAGGAAGCACACGGGAAAAAGCCCUAUAACUGUAUUGAGUGUGGCAAAGCUUUCAGCCAAAAGUCACACCUUGUUAGACACCAGAGAAUCCACACUCACUAGAAACUCCCUGAACACUGAGUGUAGGAACUGCCUUCCAGUGAAACGAACACCUAUAGUACACUACAUGGUCCAUUCUAGAGCAGAGAGCUAUGAGUAUAGGAAACCUUGUGAAGAACCCACAUAUUUAUUAGAGAAUUCUCAGUGAGACCACCCAUUGUAUGAGGAAACUGACUGAGGAACUGUGAGUAAACUAAUUGAUAUCUAAUUGGUGUCCUCAUUCAAAUCUGAAAGUGUCUGCUGAGUAUCAACGUACUUGAGCUCCUUGUAUGAAGCAAGAUAAGAAGAUAAACAAGAUAAGAAACAACCUUUGGUAGGCAAUAUGAGACUAUGAAAAAGCAGGUUUUGUACAAGACUGUGUCAAUAAGAAAAUCUGAUAAUUGGGUGACGUGUCUACAAAGUUGCGAAAUUUGCUGAUGGUUGCAAAAGAAUGCCUGAAAACUCAAGUUAGAAAACUAUAAAAAUACAAGCACUCUUCCAAUUUCCUACCUCUGUUAUACUCCUACCCAAAAUUUACACAUUGGUUGUAAAGAAAUUCAUGAACUGGUUUCAGAGUAAUACAGCAAGGCAAAGGACAAAAUAUAAGGCCCAAACUAUUUUUUUUUUUUGACAAAACAACUAAGGAAGAAGCUCACUAUUAGAUAUCAUUACAUUAUUUAAAGUUUCUCUCAUUUAAAUUCUUUCGAGUAAAUAACCAAGUUAUCGGAAACAAAUUGAGCAUUAGCAUAGAAAUUCAAGACUUGGCCAUUUUGUGUGUGGUAGUGCUACUGAAAUCAUUAGAACGAGUCUAGCCUAUCCAAUAUGUGUAAAAUUCAUAUGACCCAACAUGUUACUCCUCAACCAUACAUAUAUGACUCAGCUCAUAGGGUGCUUGCUGCCAAGCCUGAUCCCUGACUCUGACCUCUAAUGGCAUGCCAUGCAUGCAUGUACACACACACACACACACACACACACACAAUCCAAAUAGAUAAAAUCCUAAAACUAUGAUGGAAAUAAAGCUGACUAUGUCACUUUAGAGUAAGAGUAUCAAAAAUAACCCCACAAACAUGUACUAGUCUAUUUUAGUGUGUAACCCAUGUAUGUAUACAACGAGAAAUAUAUCAGUGUGUUCCCAGAAUCAUGGUUUGUUUUGCUGUAAAUUGUAACAUUUUCAUCAACAAAUAAAUCAGUAUGUUUAUUUCUAUGAUAGGAUACUAUACUGUAAAAUAUACAAAAUUGUCCACAAUAUUUUGAGAGGAAAGAGUAAAAUACACAAUGAAUAAUGGUAUAAUAUUUGUAACUUAAUAAACCAGUUCAAAGAACAGUAAGGAUAUUACUCAUGAUCCAUUUAUGGUGUUAGUUGCCUUUGAGGAUGUAGAAGGGUUUGUGGGAGUUGUUACAUUGAUCUGUAAUACUUCUUUAAUAAAAGGAUGAGAGCAAAUAUUA